GAAAGCAAGCAAUUUGCCUGUCUAUUGCAGUGGCAGAAGUCAGCUGCUCUCUCACACCACCGCUCCUGAAGAUGAACCCUUGGACAACUACAUAAGAACCAGAAGUAGAAUGCAUACAGAAAAUGCUUAAAGGAAUGGCACUCCAGAAAUUUACUAUGUUUUCCAGAUUGUACUGAAGCUUACCCUUAGGAGUUCCUCUGUAUGAAACAGAAAGCCACUAGCACAGGAUUAAAAGUGAAACAAGAAAAAACAGACUGGAGUUAACUCCCUGUGUUGCAAGAGGGGAAAGAAACCUGAAAAAAAAAGCCUGAACGCAAAAACCAUGAGAGACCGCCUCCAAGAGUUUAAACUGAGAGCUAAGGAACUGCAGACAGCUGGAGAAAACAACAGUGCAACUGUACAAGAAGAAGAGCCGGAGGAGCUUGAACAGCAGGCCAUUAUUUAUGAAAAAGAGCCCAUAACUGAAAGGCACUUGCAUGAAAUUCAGAAGCUUCAGAAUGAAAUUAAUAAUUUGGUGGAGGAAGUUAAUAAAUUCAGUCAACAACAAAAAAGCCUACUAUCUUCAAUGAGAAGAUUCAGUGUUCUUAAAAAGGAAUCUAACAUAGCAAAAGAAAUAAAAAUUCAAGCAGAGCACAUAAGAAAAAGUUUGGAUGAACUGUUGAAAACAGUGAAAAAAGCUGAAAAUGAACAUGGGCCAUCACGUGCCACAGUAAGAAUUCUAGCUUACCAGCAUGCUUUCUUAUCCCAGCGUUACCUAAAUGCUAUGCUCUCGUACAAUGAUGCUAUAACAGCUAAGCAAGAGAAAUGCAGAAGAUUUAUUGUCCGUCAGCUUGAGGUAGCUGGUAAAGAGGUAUCUGAGGAAGAAGUCAAUGACAUGUUCCAACAAGGAAAAUGGGAGAUUUUCAAUGAAAAUCUACUCACUGAAGUAAAAAUUACCAAAGCUCAGCUUUCAGAGAUUGAACAGAGACACAAAGAACUAGUCAAUCUGGAGAACCAGAUCAAAGACUUAAAGGAACUUUUUAUCCAGAUAUCAGUUCUGGUGGAGGAGCAAGGGGAGAUGAUCAACAACAUUGAAAUCAUUAUGAACAAAACUCAAGAAUACACUCAAGUAUCAAAAGAAAAAUUUGGGCUGGCAGUCAAGUAUCGAAAAAGAAACCCCUGCAAAGCAGUAUGCUGCUGGUGUUGUCCAUGCUGCAAAUGA